AACCAGAAACCAGAAACCAGAAAAAUCAAGUGAAAAAAACGUAACGUAAACCACCGCAAAACAAUUGCUUUAAAGGAACGUAGGAAAUCAAUUGCAGCGACAGCAACAAGAACCAGAACCACGCCCACAAAAUGACGCUGCGCAUAUCGGCCAAAUCGAGAAAUCAUCUUGGACUCAUUAUUUAUGGCUUUGUGUUGCUUUUGACAACAACAAUGCCAUCUAUCGAAGCUGGACGCAUUUUCGACGUUACGAAUCUGGACUAUGUCAAGGUAAAUGCCGAGGCUGGCAAGAACGUGACCAUACCCUGCCCGGGCGUCACGGAGCACUCGCUGGUGGACACGCUGGUCUGGAAGACAGCAUCGACGACAAUCGCACAGUUUGCUAAUCGCAUACCGUUGCUCCAUAGCCCUAGGAUACAACUUUUAUCGGAUAAUUUUGGUUUGCAAUUCUCGCCGGCGCUGGCCAGCGACACCACGGAAUACAUUUGCCUCGUCAACGAUCGUCACAUACCCGAAGCCAUUGUGGAUCUACUAGUCCAAGAUGUGCCCGAUCCACCGGAGCGUCCUUUGUUAAUAAGUUUCACAUCACGCUCCGUGAACUUAUCCUGGGCGCACUCCCAACAUCCACGGAAUGCGCCGGUGACGCAUUUCAUUAUUGAAACUCGCGAGGGCGAGGAUGGCAUCUGGGAUCAAGUGGCCCGCAUCUAUACGAGAACGAAUGCAACCUCAUAUCAGGUGACCGGCCUGACGCCCUUCACCGUUUACAGCUUUCGUCUGUUGGCCGUUAACAAGUUGGGCAUCAGCCCGCCCUCGAAGGAGUCCUACUACAUUGUGACGCUGCGCGAGGCGCCCACGGGCAAGCCGAUACCGACGACGGCGCACAACACAUCCUCCAGCUCGGUGUACAUCUCGUGGAAGCCGCCGGCGCCGGAUACAAUUUUGGGCGAGUUUCUUGGCUAUCGCAUUACAUAUCGUCCACGCGAUCGCAAUCCCAACGAUACCAAGGAAAUCUAUAUACGCGAUAAUACAGUGGAGAGUCAUGAGAUUCAGAAUCUGGAGACGUACACGCAAUACAAGGUGACCGUGCAGGUGUUCAAUCCGGAGGGCCUGGGCCCGGAGACAACCAUAUUGGUGAUGACCGAUGAAGGAGUGCCAAGCAAACCUCAGAAUCUCACCGUCUUGGAUGUCUCCGCGAACAGCAUCACAAUGUCCUGGCAUCCGCCAAAGAAUCAAAACGGGGCCAUCGCCGGCUAUCAUGUCUUUCACAUACACGACAAUCAAACGGGCGUCGAGAUUGUCAAAAACUCACGCAACUCGGCCGAAACGCUGAUACACUUCGAACUCCAGAGUCUGAAACCCUUUACCGACUACCGCGUCAUUGUCAAAGCGUUUACAACAAAGAACGAGGGCGAGCCAUCCGAUCAGAUUGCCCAGCGUACGGAUGUGGGCGGGCCGAGUGCCCCAACGAUUGUGAAUCUGACGUGUCACUCGCAGGAGUCGAUUACGAUACGCUGGAAGCGACCCAACGAGUUCUACAAUACCAUUGACUUUUACAUCAUCAAAACACGACUCGCCGGCCAGGAUACGCACCGUGAUAUACGCAUCAAUGCAUCGGCCAAGGAGCUGGAAACGGCGAUGAUAUUACAAAAUCUGACAACAAAUUCGUACUAUGAAGUCAAAGUGGCAGCGGCCACAUUCAGCGUUAUAAAUCCCAAGAAAAUUGUGUUGGGCAAAUUUUCGGAUUCACGAAUUAUACAAUUGCAGCCGAAUUGCGAGAAGCUGCAGCCGCUGCUGCGGCAAUCGCACAACGAUUACAACCUGGCCGUCUUGGUGGGCAUCAUAUUCAGCUGCUUCGGCAUCAUUCUGAUUGUCAUGGCGUUCUUCCUAUGGAGCAGAAAGUGCUUCCAUGCGGCGUACUACUAUCUGGACGAUCCGCCGCAUCAUCCGAAUGCCCCGCAGGUGGACUGGGAGGUGCCCGUGAAGAUUGGCGAUGAGAUCCGUGCCGCGGUGCCGGUAAAUGAGUUUGCCAAACACGUGGCCUCGCUGCAUGCGGACGGGGAUAUUGGCUUUAGCCGGGAAUACGAAGCCAUACAGAACGAAUGCAUCAGCGACGAUCUGGCCUGUGAGCACUCGCAGCAUCCCGAGAAUAAGCGCAAGAAUCGCUAUCUGAACAUAACAGCCUACGAUCACAGUCGCGUGCAUUUGCAUCCUACGCCGGGUCAGAAAAAGAAUCUGGACUAUAUCAAUGCCAAUUUCAUUGAUGGCUAUCAGAAGGCGCACGCCUUCAUUGGCACCCAGGGCCCCUUGCCGGAUACCUUCGAUUGCUUCUGGCGGAUGAUCUGGGAGCAGCGCGUGGCCAUUAUCGUGAUGAUCACCAAUUUGGUGGAGCGCGGCCGACGCAAGUGUGAUAUGUAUUGGCCCAAGGAUGGCGUGGAGACCUACGGCGUCAUACAGGUCAAGCUGGUCGAGGAGGAGGUCAUGUCCACCUACACGGUGCGCACGCUCCAAAUUAAGCAUCUGAAGCUAAAGAAGAAGAAGCAGUGCAAUCUGGAGAAACUUGUCUAUCAAUAUCACUAUACCAACUGGCCGGAUCAUGGCACACCGGAUCAUCCGUUGCCCGUGCUGAACUUCAUCAAGAAAUCCUCGGCUGCCAAUCCCGCCGAGGCGGGUCCCAUAGUCGUCCACUGCAGCGCUGGCGUCGGUCGCACUGGCACCUACAUUGUCCUGGACGCCAUGCUGAAGCAGAUCCAGCAAAAGUCCAUUGUGAAUGUGUUUGGCUUUUUGCGUCACAUACGCGCCCAGCGCAAUUUCCUCGUCCAGACCGAGGAGCAAUAUAUAUUCCUGCACGACGCUCUGGUCGAGGCGAUCGCCUCCGGCGAGACCAAUCUGCCGGCCGAGCAAAUCGAGGAGCUCAAGAAUUGUACACCUUACUUGGAGCAGCAGUACAAGAAUAUCAUACAAUUCCAGACAAAGGACAUACACAUCGCCUCCGCCAUGAAGCAGGUGAACUCGAUCAAAAAUCGCGGCGCCAUCUUUCCCAUCGAGGGCAGCCGCGUGCAUUUAACACCGAAGCCCGGCGAGGAUGGCAGCGAUUAUAUCAAUGCAUCCUGGCUGCACGGCUUUCGGCGUCUGCGCGACUUUAUUGUCACCCAACAUCCGAUGACGCACACGAUAAAGGAUUUCUGGCAAAUGGUCUGGGACCACAAUGCGCAGACCAUUGUCCUGCUCUCCUCGCUGGACGACAUUAACUUCGCGCAGUUCUGGCCGGACGAGGCCACGCCCAUCGAGAGCGAUUAUUAUCGCGUCAAAUUCCUAAACAAGACAAACAAAAGCGACUACGUGAGUCGCGAUUUUGUUAUACAAUCCAUACAGGAUGACUACGAGCUGAGCGUCAAGAUGCUGCACUGCCCCAGCUGGCCGGAGAUGUCCAAUCCGAAUAGCAUCUACGAUUUCAUUGUCGAUGUGCACGAACGCUGCAAUGAUUAUCGCAACGGACCCAUUGUGGUUGUCGACAGAUAUGGCGGCGCACAGGCGUGCACAUUCUGUGCCAUCUCGUCGCUGGCCAUCGAGAUGGAAUACUGCAAUACGGCGAAUGUGUAUCAGUAUGCCAAGCUAUAUCAUAAUAAGCGACCCGGCGUUUGGACCUCCAGCGAGGAUAUACGUCUCAUCUAUAAUAUUCUGUCCUAUUUGCCUGGCAAUCUCAGUUUAUUGAAGCGCACGGCGCUGCGCACCGAAUUCGAGGAUGUGACAACGGCCACGCCGGAUCUCUAUAGCAAAAUAUGCAGCAAUGGUAAUGUUAUACACCAACAACAUCAACAACAACAACAGCAACAGCUGCUGCUGGCACAGCAGCAACAACAGCUGCUGCAGCUGCAAAUGCAACACGAAACACAACAGCUACAACAGCUACAACAACAACAGCCGCAGUCAAAUCUCAUUAGUCAUAGUCAUGCAACAGUAACAAUUACCGAAACAACAACUGCAGCAACAACUGCAACAACAACAACAACAGUCACAAAUACAACAAAUACUAAUUCUAGCUUAUUGCCCAUCUCAUCAUUGUUACCACCCGCAGUUGCUCCAUCAUCCAUCACACCCACACCCAGCAAUGACAUGCCCAAUCCAACAACAACAACAACUACAACAAUUCCUACACCAACAACAACACCAACAACAGCAACAACACCUACAACUGAUCUAACCCAUACUAAUGCUAAUUUUACCACUGUUACUAAUAAUGCUGCUGAUGUGCCGCCAAUUGUUGCUCUUAAUGCUGAUGAACUGGCCCAACAACAACAACAACAACAACUACAUCAACAACAACAAAUGCUCGCGCUGAUGCAACAACAAACGCAAUUGCAACAACAAUACAACACGCAUCAACAACAACAACAACAAUCGGAUAAUGCCAACUGUCUGCUGCCCGCGCAUGUUGAUGAAUUGCUCCAACCUGCAACAACAACAACAACAACGACGACGACAACACCUUUGUGCAACAACAACAACAACAACAACAACCUGCAACAACCGGCAGCAGUCACAGAUGCUCAAAACUUAGAUAUUGUAGCUUAGAUUUAAUGUUACAAAUAAUUGCAAAAAAAAAAUCAUUUUAUAAAUGCUAGCAUAUAAAUACAACUAAAUCUAAAUAUACAUAUACAUAUAUAAUUAUGAUUAUUAUUAAAAAAUUUAACAUAAUUAAAUAUAUAAUUAUUGUAAACAUUUGCCUAGUUUUAUUAAGCGAGUCCUUAAACCUAUUUUACAUAUUAUUUAACAUUUAUUUAUUGCUGUACACGUUCUUCUUCUUUUUAUUUGUACUUUUACCCAUAUAUUGUUUUAAAUAUCUUUUCGAGUCCUUCUCAAGUCCUGUUUAUAAAUAAAUACCCAAUCAAUCGAUUAUUUAUAUAUUCAAUGUUUAAUUUAAAAUUAUAUUAUUGUAUUCAAAAGUAGUCGCAAGCAACAAAACAUAAAAUAGACAAUUAAGCAAAAACUAGCAGCAAGGCACAUGAUUAAAUAUAUUAAAAUAUAUAUAUAUAUAUAUGCAUAUAUAUCAUAAUAAUGUUUAAAUGUAGUUGAACGCACAAAAUGCUAAAACAGUUCCCAAAAUGAAAAACUCAAAACAAAAAAAAAAGAAGAAAUUGCCCUUAAUUAAUUUAGUUUUUAUGUACGAGUAAAUCGAAAGUUUGUGCCAUGCUCAAAAUAUUGAGUUCAAAUCAGGUUCUUAUAUAAGGUCAGUUACCGUUAAAUAUUGUCAUAUUGUUUGCUAAAUUGAUUCAAUGUCCGUCCUACAAUCUGUUAACUGUUUAAUUCUGCUCAAAAUUCUUCACAACGAUUUCAAAAGCAAAAGAAAACAACAAAAAAAGUAAGACAACAAAUAAUCGUAGCGAAAAUUAUGCGAAUUUAAUAGAGAGGAAAAUGAACAUAUUUACGACAAAUUUUGCAUACAUAUAGAUAAUGUCAUGUCUAGAUAUAUACAUAUAUAUAUAUAUAUAUGUAUAUGUAUUUUCAAAGGCACAAGAAAUAUUUUCUCAAAUUUAUUCGAAGCACCUAAACAAGCAACGCAUCACUGUAAAUCCAAAAAAAAAAUAACAAAAAAUUAAAUUAAAUUAAAUUAACUAAAAAAAAAAAAGAGAAAGCACAUCACAAAUGUAAAUAUAUGUAUGCCUCGUAGAUGUAGAGAAACGCAUGAAAGAAUGAGAAAAAUAACUAAGCUUAAGACGAGAUUCACGCUAUAAAUAUUGUAAAAAAAAAAAUCGAAAAAAAAACAUAAAUAAAAAACAUUGCAAAACAAAAGAAAUUGCUUUAGUAUCUAAGAACUAAUUGUGUGUAAAUCGUAGCGCAGGCAAAAGUAUUACUAAAAUAUAAAGUCGUGUGGAAAAACAAAAAAUAGAAAAGAAAACUGCAAAAAUAUUGAAAAUUGUUUUUCUUAUAUGUAAGCAUGAGAAAAAUCGCACCAGAAAUAAGAUUUGAAAAAAAAAAAAUAAUUGUGAGCACAGUGUGUUUCCCCUCAAAUGGUCCAAUGCCAUUUUGUACAGAUUCAAAAGUAAUUUAAUGCGUGUCCCAGGCUAAAAUGGAUUACACAAGUUUAAAACUAUAUAUAUUUAUAGUAUAUAGUAUAGAGCAGUCCGCUUUAAAUAUAUAUAAAUAUAUGUGUGUGUGUGUAUAAUCCGUAAAACGCAAAAAGUUGGGUUCUCUGGAAUAUUCCCCCCACAAUUAUGCUUCGAGUGCGCCCCAUUCACAAUCGGCUCCAGAUUUGAGCGAUAUUUAAGAUUAUAUGCAUUUGUAUAAUGCGAAUAUAAGUAUGUAAUUUACUGAUAAAAAAAGAAAACAUAAAUGUUUUAAAGACUGGUUUUUUGUACACUUUAUCUUAAGCAGGUGUAUACUGUUUAUAUUAAAUAUGUAUUAUUGUAUCUAAACUUGAUUUCAAUCAAAUUGCUUUCGAUUUCGGGUAUACCAAAACUUGCAACAUUUAAUAGAUAUCACUAUCAGCCUAACUAUUAUUAAACUCUACUCUAUUAUUUUGCCCAAAAAAAAAUCAAAGCUGCAUUUCUAGAUGAAAACUAAAAAAAAAAAACCUUUAACCUAACGACCAAUUUUUGAAAUUAUUUUUGUUAUAGAGCUAUGCAAAACUCUAGGCACUUGGAUUAAAUUAAAUGUUUAAGAAACGUUUUACAUAUGUAUAUGUAUAACUCUAGAAGGCUUGUAAAUUCUCAUAACUCAAAAGAAAAAAAAAGCAUGGCAAAACUAGAAUGCUUCAUCUGUAAUAUACAUACGAAAAGCCCAUAUUAUUUUCAAAAAACUAAAGCAUUUUAACUAUGAAAACACAAAGUAGUUAUUAGCAUGUAUUAUUAAAAAUAAAAACGAAAAUAUUUAAUGAAUGAAUGGAUAUUUGUAAAUGACAGCCAAACAAUCUUGACAGCACCUGGCCUGGCAUAUGUUUAUUCCCAGCCAAUGUGAAGAAGAGAGCCGAAAAAAAAGAAAAAUAUUCGAAAAAAAAAAAGAAAACUGCACACACUUCUCGAGCAAGGAAACCUUUCCAAGACUAACUACCUUCACAAAUCAUAUAAUUAAUAUAUAUAUAUAUAUUAUCUAAUUGACGGUGUUAUGCAAUUUAUAAAUGUGAUGAAUGUCAAACUUAAGCGUAUAAAAACGUAUACAAAAAUAUUAAAAAAAAAAAACAAAACAAGAAAACAGUUUAGUAAAAAAGCUGAAAUGUAGCGAAAACCGAAGUAAGCAUAACCCACGAUUUUAGAGCUAAGCAUAAAGCGAAGGGUUGAUACCAGAAAGCAGCCCAUAGUUUUUAAAGGGAAUUACAGAGUAGCAGCAAAAAAGAGGAUAACGAGAAAAGCGAAGAGUAGAAGUGCAGCAAAUGGAGUCAAGCAAGUUUAAAGAGUAGCAAACAAAAUGAACGCUUCUUCGCGUAGAAGCAAAGAAAAAGAUAAAGUAUCUCGAAAAAACAGAAAAUUGAAAAAAAAACAAGCAAAAAAUAUAAGUUUAAGUUACGGAUAAGCUAAUGAAGA